UGGUGGCUAUUUUAAAGAGAAUGUGGUCUUUUGCAAAAUGAAAAGGUAAGAGACAAAAGCUCAGUAACACAAAUUCAAACUCUGUUCCCUUGUACCUUCCCUAGUAAAUACAUAGACAACUGAUACAUCCGUUUGUAGAUGGAUAUCUGUGUUGCUUGGAGAAAUGAGGAGUUCUGUGUCUAACCUUUCUGAGGGUUAAUGACUUAUUCUGAGAGAACACUGGCAUAAUUUUCAGUUCUAAACAAUUUUUUCUUCUUUUGUUAACGUCCCUUUUCUCCCCUUCCCUACUGAAGGUUUGUAUUUUUGGUGUUCCUGUUGAAGUGUUUGUUUAUAUGCUACACAAGCUGCUUUCCUUGCAAAGAGUUUUUAAAUGUAUAUUUACCUCUUUUUAAAAACAGUUGUUGGAAGGAAAAUGGUGAGUUUAUGAAGUAUUUAUUUAAGGACGUAACAUUCUUUCUUGCUACAAGAACAAGAAACCAGAUAGUUACUGUGGUAUUGAAGUGUUAAUAAGAUGUUCCUAGGGUUUCUUUCUAAAGAGUGCACUAAAGGUGGUAAGUUCUAAACAUGCAGUGUUGUGCUUUGAUAUAUAACCUUAAAAAUAACAGCCUCUGAUGCCCAAACUGUAAUUUUUACCUUUGAAAAGGAGCUUCAGAACAAUAUCUGGUUUUGUACUAUGCCGUGCAGCCAGAAGUGCUCUUUAAUUCCCUGCAAUAUAAAAUGCACGUGAAGUUCAGUCUUAAUUGCCUUUACGUUGAGGUUGAAGGAAGGAUGUAUUCCUUAGUUCCUCUUUCUGGUAGUCAGGUUUUGUUUAUUCUCGUGUGUUCUGAGGCACCCAGCUUGGAAUGGCUGGGUUGCUCUCUCACAGUUCCGUGCCAGGGAAAUGGCCCUUUCACUGGGUGCCCAUACAUAACAGUGUGGUGUACAUGAGGGCUCGUUUUGGGAUCACCUCACAUCCAUUUUCAUUAGAGAUGUCCACGGCAUUGCUGUAACUUGCUGUAUAAAAGAAUGUUUUCUGUCUCAUGAGUGUUUCUACUGUAACUUUCGAGAGGCUCAAUUAGAUUUCUGUUCUGUUUCCAACCUGUUCAAGUUUCUUUAGCAGCGGAAGAAUUUCUCCUUGUAGUAGCCAUUAGUUACUAAGAAAAUCUGACUGGCGUUCCUUGUCAGGGAAAAUCUGACAAACAUAUUUUUUCUUCAAACAGAUGAAAACUUUAUUCUCAAACAUGACAGAGCGUUCCUUUUGUCAAUGGCAAACCGAGGGAAACAUACCAAUGGUUCCCAAUUUUUCAUAACAACAAAACCUGCUCCUCAUCUUGAUGGCGUGCACGUUGUCUUUGGACUGGUUAUUUCUGGUUUUGAAGUAAUAGAACAAAUAGAAAAUCUGAAAACUGAUACUGCCAGCAGACCCUAUGCAGAUGUACGAGUCAUUGACUGUGGGGUGCUUGUUACAAAACCAGCAAAAGAUGCUUUGGAGAAGAAGAAGAAAGUGUGUUCUGACUCAGAAGCUUCAGACUCAACCUCCAGUGGAUCAGACCCCUCAGAAACAUCAUCUGAAAGUGAAGCUGAAGAUGAAAGAAGCAGAAGAAGAAAGCGUAAAAGAAGAGCUAAAACCAAACAGUCAAGAAAACGGAGGAAGGAAGAGAGGAAGAAAGAGGAUCUGAGGAGCAAGCGAACCUCAAACCAAAGAUGCAGCCUUUCUGACAAGAGCGACGUAACAGAAAAAACAGUGGAUGUCAGCACCAAGAGGGAUAAACCUGUGGUACGUCCUGAAGAAAUUCCCCCAGUGCCUGAAAAUAGAUUCUUGCUGAGAAGGGAUGUGCCUGUUGUCAGUACAGAACCUGAAACGAAGCUUCUUGAUGCUACUCCAGUUCUAACUGACCAGAAACCAUCAGUGUCUAAAUCUGGACGAAAAAUUAAAGGAAGAGGCACAAUACGAUAUCACACCCCACCUCGAUCACGGUCGUGCUCUGAAUCUGAUGAUGAUGAGAGCAGUGAGACUCCUCCUCACUGGAAAGAGGAAAUGCAGAGAUUACGAGCAUACAGACCACCUAGUGGAGAAAAGUGGAGUAAAGGCGAUAAGUUAAGUGACCCAUGUACAAGCAGGUGGGAUGAAAGAAGUGCGUCACGGAGAUCAAGAUCUUGGUCACAUAACGGCUACUCUGAUCUGAGUACUGUGAGGUACUCCAGUCACCACAAAAAGCACAGAAAAAAGAAAGUGAAACAUAAAAAGAAGUCUAAAAAGCAGAAGCAUUUCAAGAAGCACAAGCAAGCUAAAAAAAAGAAAGCAUCAGCUUCAUCAGAGGUAGAAUCCUCACGUUCAUUCAGGAAGAAGAAAUCAUCCUGUGAUCAUGAGAGGAAAUCUCGUUCCUCCUCGUUGUCUUCUAGACAUUCUUCCAGAAGAGACUGGUCUAAAUCUGAUAAGGAAGACCAGAGUUCAUCAACUUUCUCAAGCAGAGAGAGUCGGUCGUACUACAGGUCCAGGUCCAGAUCCAGAUCUAGGUCUAAGUCAAGGUCUUAUUCCCAAAGAAGUUCCAGAUCAAGGUCAGCCUCUAAAUCAUCGCGUUCUCGAAGUAGGUCAAGAUCAAGUUCUAAUCCUAGGCAUCAAAAGACUGUUUCCAAUUCUCCACGAAAUAUUUCAGCACGAUUAAAUGAAAGUAAGUUGAACAAGCCUUCUGACCCUGUAAGAGCAGUUAUACUACCAAGUGACAAGGUCGUCAUCCCACCAGUUGUCCCAGAGACCCUCCCUGUAAUACCCUUAAGUGAUAGUCCUCCACCUUCAAGGUGGAAGCCCGGACAAAAACCAUGGAAGCCAUCUUAUGAGCGAAUUCAAGAAAUGAAAGCUAAAGCAACCCAUUUAAUACCCCCCCAAACUAAUUAUAAUUUAGUAGUUGUUAAAGAGGCUAACACAUCUUCGUAUCAAAAGCAACAGGGGAGUUCUGACAGCGAUCGAAGCGGCUAUUCCAAAUACCGCAGUGACAAAAGCUCAGAUAGUUGGCAGAGAUCGAGGAGCAGGUCCUCUCGAAGCAGGUCGUACUCAAGGUCUUACACAAGAUCUAGGAGUCUGUCUAGCUCAAGGACGAAAUCUCGUUCUUCUGGCAGAUCACCAUCACUGAAAUACCGCAGUGACAGGUCAGGAUACAGUGAGUCAACGUCUUAUUUUUCCCUCAGUGAUGAUGAUAGACACAGAAGCAAAAGAAAAUCUGCAUCGGGUGAUCAGAACACGCGUUCUCUUAAAGGGAGGCAAGAAACAAGCUCUGAAAGUACCCUUCCUUACAAGGAUGCGAAGGACUAUGAUGAGUCUUCUCGAGGGGUGAAAGAGAGUGACAGUUUAUCAUCCUCAGACUUCUCUACUGACAGCGAGCGUUCUGGUAAAGUGAAGGGAGCCCAAGAAAAGGAAGGCCAUUGUCAGUUAGAAGGAGAUGCUCAGCAACAGGAUAAAAAUACUUUCCGUUCUGUGAGGGGGGAGGAGAAAUCCAAGUGUGAAUGGGAUGGUGACCGUUCAAAAAAGAAAGCAGUUAAAGAGCAAUCUUCUGAGCAACCUAGAGGUGGUGCAAAAAGUAAACAAAAAUCCUACUCAUGUAGUAAAUGGGACUCUGAGUCAAACUCGGAACGGGGAGAUGCUCAUCGUGGCAGGGGAGAUUCCAGACCCUCGUCCGAUAAAGAGGAAGGAGAGGCCACAUCAGGAUCUGAUACAGAACUUAGUGGUCCCAAAAGGAGAAAAACGAAAUCCAAUUCCUCAGAAGGCGUUCUGGAUUCUGAUAGUGCAUGGAAAAUAAGCAAACAGUUGCCAUCUUCAGAAUCUGAGAGUUCUCGUUCUAACUCAACACAUACCAGAGGAAAGGCAAAAAAACACAAACAUGAAUCGAAAAAAGCUCUUAAAAAAUCACAUUCCAAAAAAGUGAAAGAAAAAUCAAAAGGGAAAAAGGAGAAAAAACACAAAGUUCAGAAAAGAAAAGAAGUGUUUCACUGGCAACCCCCACUGGAGUUUGGUGAAGAAGAAGAAGAAGAUAUAAAUGAAAAGCCAGUUAUCAAGGAUGACAAAGAAAAGCAGCUUAGCAAGGGUGUGAAGGAUAAAAAACAAGAAGCUUGUGAAAAGGAUGAAAUGGUCAAAGACAAAACAGGAAAUGGUGAAAAACCCUGUGCAGAUGAAAACCUGCUAGUUAAAAAUACUACUCCUAAUGCCUCACCGAAUCGAAAUAAACUUAAUAACGAUAGCAUCAAUCCUAACACUUCAACCAGUAUAUUAAACUCAGGAAUAAAUGUGACUACUUGCAAUAACGAGACUGAGCAUGCUGAAGAAAGCAACCAGAAUGGAUUGGAUGUAAUUCAGACAGAUGACAACAUGGAGAUUUGCACUCCAGACCGUAACUCACCAGGGAAGGUGGUUGUGGACGCUUUGUCUCCUGUCAUUCUCACUGAUAAACCUCAGAGUUUAGGUGCUAGUAUAAACAAAGAUUUACAGACCUCCGAACAAGAUGCUGUCAAACCAGGAAACAACAUUGCAGACUUCAUUAAUAUUAAAGAAGAAGUAGGAAGGCAAGAGAAUAACUCUGUUCCUGCAUCUAAUGCUAAAGACUGUAGUUUGAAAAGUGAAAUUGCUGAAAAUGCACAAAGCAAUUCAAUGGAUAAUAAAUGGAAGCCCUUGCAAGGUGUUGGUAAUCUGCAACCAGCUACAAUUAGUACUGCCACGGAAGUGAAAAACGUGGCUGCAGCACCAGAGGCUAAGCCAGCAGGUUUGAGAAUUGAAAUAAAAGCUAAAAAUAAAGUAAGGCCUGGAUCUCUGUUUGACGAGGUUAGGAAGACAGCACGACUAAAUCGAAGGCCAAGGAACCAAGAAAGCUCCAGCGAGGAGGAGUCUCCAAGUAGAGAUGACAACAGUCCAUCCAGGAGCCUCAGCAGGUCUCGAAGUAAAUCUGAAUCUAAAUCCAGACACCGAACGCGGUCUGAAUCGUACAGUCACUCAAGAAGCCGAUCCCGAAGCUCUACGUAUUCUUACAGGUCGAGAAGCUAUACAAGAAGCAGAAGUAGAGGCUGGUACAGCAGAGAUCGGUCGAGAAGCCGAAGUAGUUCUUACCACAGUUACAAGAGUCGGAGUCGAACCUACAGCAGAAGCCGAUCCAGAAGCAGUUCUUAUGGUCACCACAGUCGGUCCAGUAGAUCAUACACCUAUGAUAGUUACUAUAGCAGAAGUCGAAGUAGAAGUAAAAGGAGCAACAGCUAUCGAAGAUCUAGAAGUUAUGACAGGAGAUCCAGAUCUUAUGGCUCUGAUAGCGAAAGUGAUCGCAGUUACUCCAACAACCGAAGUCCCAGUGAGAGCAGCAGAUACAGCUGAAAACGUUUCUUGGGCAAUGGGAACCACAUUAAAUCAGUUUAUCAGUGUUGCAUUUAGAAAGAAAAACAAAAACAGUUUUGAACGGUGUUGCAAGUGAAGUUUUGAAGGGUGUUUGCUGAGCUAACCGAAACUUUACUGUUUAGCAGUGAACUCACUUGACUGAUUGUAUCCACAAGGAGAGAUGUGCCGAAGCCCAGCUGACUGGUUUUAUGUCAAACACUACUUUCUCAAUACAGAAAAAAGUUUGAUUUGCUUGAGUCGGAUUUUCCAAGCCAUGAGAGACACGUGAGUGAGUUUGCUGACACUGCUUUCUCGGUGCAGCAGUUGCUACUGAGGUAUGUUUAUAAACAGGGCUCUCUGCCUGUUACUAUUAAAUAUAUGCUAGCAACUCAAAAA